AUCAAUAAUGUAAUCUAACGCAUACAAAUUAAAGCCUUCUUGUUAUAUUUCAUCUAUUCACGUGUACUUCUUAUCAGUGACGAAUAGAUCGGGCAUAAUUGUGCAUAAAAUUCCUCGAAGCUGUAAUGGAGGGGUACGAAACGAUCAGAUGAUUACCGGAUGACACAUGUAUGCGUAUACUUGUAAAGUACUCGAUCAAAGAAUCUCACGGGAAAUCAUCAAUCAUCGCAUCACUGAAGCGUAACGGACUGUUCCUCGCAAAUGCUGACGCAAAGUGAUAUUUUUCCUGAGAAAGCUAAAGUUUACAUGGGCGCGUCCGAAUUUGUUCUCAGCUGCAAAGUAUAAGGUUAUCCAGCCUCGCAUCACGGACGCAUGACGUCUGACAAGACGAGGAUAAGACUCGCGAAAGCUUGUAAAACGCAGUGCGAAAUACGUGUUGGCUCGUUAGAAUAUUCAGCAGGGCGACACGUGCGUCCCGUCGAGGCGGAAUUAAUCAAAUCGCAUGAUGAAUGACACGGAGAACGCGGAAAGUAUCUUUGGCUCGUACUAUGCGCUGUUGGUUGCUUUCAAGACUAUGAAGGAACGUUGUCAACAAUUGCAGGCGCGACUUGCAGCGGUGGAGGAGGAGAAUUUGUGUCUUAGGCUCGAAUGUGGCAGAGACGCAUCUACGGUUGUUGUCGGUAACGACGACGACAGAUCUGCCCUGCAAACGCCACAGGGGAAAAUAGAGGAGCUUACAAGACAAAAGUCUCAACUGUCCCAUCACGUUUUCAUGGUAGCCUCGGAAAACCGUCAGCUGUGGAACAGGCUGACAACAUUAACGAAGAUCAACAAAUCCUUAGGUAGCCAAUUGACAAAAAUGCCAGAUACACUUAAGCAACAUCCUGCCACACAGCCGUCAGAUAUCACGUUGUAUAACUUCCGUGAUGCCUCUACUUCAGGCAAACAGGAGGCUAAUAAGUAUUCAUCGACUACAGAUAAUGGUGAGAAGGAAAGUUUAGAAGAAGUGUCACUUCGAUUAAUAAAUAGUAUUAUGCAAGAAAAGUCUGAGCUUGAGCACCAAUAUGCACAGAUGGUGCAGUUACACAAUAGUUCCAUAUUAGACUUACAAAAUAUCGGUUUCACGUAUCCAGAAGAUUCUGAUACAGAUUCGCUGGAACUGCUGAAGCAGCAUGAAAUUCGGUUAGCCCAAACCAAGGAUGCUUUACUUGGACAACAAACUAGAUUAAAAAGGAUCUUACAAAAUCUUAAAAAAAUCAAGAAGGGAGCGACAUGCAGCAAUUGUCGAGAUAACGCUAACAAGAAGAUGUGCCAGAUGGGCACGCAAUUUGAUUCUGGCGACAGUUCCAAGGAACAUGGAGCUACACAGACUAGUCUCAUGGCAGCCGGCAUUUCUGGCAUGGACAAAUGUCCAAACGAUAUCGAUAUCGAUGUUAACACGUGUCCUUUAUGUGGGACUAGUUACGGAAAAUCUGUACCGUUUACAGAGUUUCACGAACACGUCUUGAGUCAUUUUGCCAAGGAGGUGUCUAUAGAAGACUUCGAGCUUGUACACUGAUUUCUGCACAUAGAUCAAUUUUAUUUGCUUACACGUGAUUGUUCCUCUCGGAUCCCGAUGUACAUGACAAGAAAUUUUAUGGUGACUGGAGAGAUAAGAUAUAAAAGAACGUACAUAAUAGUAGAAAAA